AUGUCGCGGGAUCUUGUCGACGCCGGGGCGCUGCCGAUGCCAACGCAGCUCCACCGCACCAGCCUCGUGGUGCCCCUCGUCCCAGCAGUCCGCGUCCAGCUGCUGGCAUCCUGCGCACCCGCCGCGAUAGCUAAAGGCGAGGAGGUGCCCACCGUGCGCGCGGCAUCGACGCAGAUCUUGCCCGGCCGUUCCGACGCCGUGGGCAGAUGGGGGAGGAUCGAGGUCCGAUGGGUGUCCGUGGGCCUUGCUUGGGGCUCCUGGCAGCUGGAGUUCCAAAGGACCUCUGGAGUCACCUCCAGGUGCGUCGGCAGCCGUGCCAGCCUCCUGUCGACCUCAGCGCGGGCCGGAGGCUCGAAACCGCGGUGCCGCUGGCGGAAGCUCUGCGAGGGCGCGCGGAAGCCAGACGGUAUCUCUGGGUUCGGCUUCGUCACCGAGGAGAGGGCGCUGGAGGUGGAGGCCUUCGUCCGGUGUGCCUCGCCGGGCAGAGGUGUCGGGCGCUCGGCUCAGGCGGAUGCGGAGGCCUUCUGGAAGGGCAAGGAGGUCUACACGGCCGUCCAAAAGGCGCUCGCCCAGACGAUCGAGAAGAUCCGCUCCGACGCCAAGUUCCUGGAGAGGGCUGCCGGGCCCGAGGUCCCAGGCCGAACGCAGAUGCAGAGUCUUCUGCGCCAGGGCGCCGACCAGGUGAGGCACCAGACCAUCCGGGAGGCUUGCCAGCCUCAGGGCGCCCCGCCGCUGCCGCUGGCCGCCCUCGUGCGCCGAGACGGCCCCGCGCUCGAGAGCCUGGACGCGCUGCUGGCGGGCGCGAGGCGCGCCGCGGCGGCCGCGAGCCCGCCGCCGCUGGCGCGGGCGCGGCUCGCCUCCCUGCUCGACCUUCGGGGCGAGCACGCCGAGGCGCUCUCCGUGCUGGACGGCGCGGGGGGCGGCGAGGCCUCGCGGCAGCCGGAGGAGAGGGCCGCCGCGGCGCUCCUGCGCGAGAUGGCGUCGCGGCACGCCAGGCUCGCCUCGCAGCGCGAGCUGAGGCUGUGCCAGCCGCGGGCCUCGGGCGGCGCCGCGAGGCCCUCGGCCGUGGAGGUCCUCGACGCCGCCACGGCCUCGACCGCGGAGGUGGCCGAGCGCUUCGUGGGCCCCGGGCGGCCCUGCGUGCUGCGCGGCUGCGAGGCCGUGCCGCGCUGGACGCCAGAGGAGCUCGCGGGGCGCCUGGGCGCGCUCGCGGUGCCCCUGCGCAGGCUGGACGGCUCCUCCGCAUCCUGGGCGCGCCUGGAGCUCGUGGGCAGCGCACCUUUUGGCGACUUCGUUCGCCAGCACGUGCUCAAGCCGCAGGGGGCCACCGCUGGCGCCAAGCCGCGCGAGACGCCCCAGGUCUUCGACUUCUCGAUCUGGCAGCAGUGCGCGGACGUCCUCGCGGAUGAGGUGGCGAUCCCCAAGUGGUUCGCGACGGACCUCUUCUCGCUCGCCUCCGCCCGGAUGCAGCCCGUCACCGGCUCCGCCUCGCCCACGCUGUUCCUCGCGGCGGGAGGGACCGCCUCGGGGCUGCACGUGGACUUCCUGCAGACCCACUUCUGGAUGGGCCUGUGCUCCGGCAGGAAGCGAUGGCGCCUCGUGCCGCCGGAGGACCUGGCCCUCCUCCGGCCGACCUACCUCGCGGACCUGAACCCCGCGUUCCCGGCCGACCUGGACGACGAGGCCCCGGCGGAGCUGGCGCGAGGCGGGCAGCUCUCGGUCCUGGAGCACGUCCUCGAGCCAGGCAGGUCCUCCCAGCCCGCCUCCCUCGAGGCAUUCGAGCAUCGAACAUCGAGGCCUUCGCAGCCAGGCAAUGUGAGCGCGGUGCCGUCGCCGACCGAAAUGUCCCCGAGCGCCGACGCCGCGGCCAAGAUGAAUUUUGCGGCCUGCGAGGGGGAGAACGCCGUCAUCGAGAAGCUCGUGGCCAAGGGGGUGUCGGUGAACCUCUCGGACUACGACCGCCGCACACCUUUGCACAUCGCAGCAGCUGAGGGCAACCUGUCCACAGUACAGAUGCUCAUCUCGGCCAACGCCGACGUCGCCGCGACGGACAGGUGGGGCCACACGCCGAUGGAUGGGGCCGCGGGGAACAACUUCGAGGACAUCAUGGCGGCCCUGCGCACCGCUGGAGGGGAGCACGGGCUGACGCCACGCGGGCGCAAGGAGCCCGACCACACCCCAGCCGUGACUGCGCAGACGGGGGUGGGCGAGCCCUCGAGCGACAGUUCGAAUGCGGAGUGCCUGAUGCUGAGCUCUCUGAUGAGCACUCCUCGGCUGGGCGGCGCCAAGGCCGAGCUCAGGGCAGAUGCAGCCGGCAUGCGGCUGUGCUGCGCCGCGGCCGCGGGUGACGCCAGGGUGCUCUUCCGCUUGAUCGCCGACGGAGUCCACGUAGACGCCAAGGACUACGACGGCCGCACCGCUCUGCACAUCGCCGCGGCGUACGGGCACCAGGACAUCGUGCAGGGGCUGCUGGACCUCGGGGCCGACGCGAGGCACAAGGACAACUUCGGGAACACGCCGCUCUCGUCCGCGGUGGGCCAUCAGCAGGAGGAGGUGGCGGCCGUGCUGAUGAAGGCGCUGCAACAGCGCCGCGGUGGCUGGAGGGACGAGCACCCCGCCGAGGACAUCGGCCUUGACCUGCCAGGGCAGGUAGAGGGGAAGUUUGCACGGCAGACCAGCAGCGGCUGGAUGAUUGAGGAGAGGGAGGUCAAGCUCGGCCCCGUGAUCAGCAAGACAUUGAAGAGCGCCAUCCACACGGCGGAGUGGAGGGGCAUCAAGGUGGUGGCGAAGACCUUGCUGAAGAAGAGCUCUCACGAGAGCGCGUGGCAAGCAGAUGAUGGGGACAUCACCAAGGAGGUGUUGCGCGAGAUCGGCAUCCUCUCAACGAUGCGGCAUCCCGACCUCGUGAUGUUCCUGGGGGCCUGCAUCGACAGCGCACAGCCAUUCCUGAUCUCCGAGUUCAUGGAGGGCGGGGACCUCGACCGUGGAUUACAACAUGAAGGCCUGCCAGCGGGGCUGUCCAUACAGGCCCGAGAUGAGCCUUUUCCUCAGCUGGUCGAGCGCGGUUGCGAGGGCGCUGUGUUUCCUCCACAACUGUUCCUCUCCGAUCAUCCACAGGGACCUCAAGCCCCUCAACCUGCUCCUCACCAAGAACAACGACCUGAAGGUUACCGACUUCGGCAUCAGCAAACUCAUGAGGCCGAGCCUCAGGGACCAGAUGGAGGACCGGGCACCGCGGAUGUCCGGCGGCGUGGGCACAUGGCGCUACAUGGCGCCGGAGGUGGUGCGUGCGGAGCAGUACACCGACAGGGUCGACAUCUACUCAUUCGCGCUGAUCAUGUGGUUCAUGGGCACCGGGUCGCAGCCCUUCGUGGACCAGUUCGGGCAGGACGCGGAGCUCGUCCUGAAGGAUUACCUCCGGGGCAACGAGCCGCGCCCGGGCUUCGGCGGCGGGGGCCUGCUGGGCGGGAGCAGGGGCGCGCCCGCAGCGCUGCGGCAGCUGGUGCAGGACUGCUGGCACAAAAGUGCGGGGUCGCGCCCCUCGGCGCACCAGUGCACCGAGCGCCUUGUGGAGGCCGCCAUCCAGUCCGAGCGGAGCUCCUGGGCGGCGCGCGCCGGCAAGGUCGUGGGCAUGCUGAGAUAGGAGCCCGCGGCCACCGCGCCCUUGCCUGCUAG